UAUAAGCAGACGAAUUCAAGUUAUCUUACUCGUCUGCGAACACUCGAGUAGUCGAAACGAAUUAUUUUUCAGCUUGGAUUCUAUUUUCCUGUCAACUUAAACAUGAAUUCCGCACUUCGUACUCUGGGAUUUGCUUUGUCUCGCCGAGCUGCUUUGCCAGCCAAUGCCAGUUCGCCUCAACGCUUCCUACACACCGGAUCUAGAUUAUUGGCAGCACAGGUACAACUUCCAGCACCUGACUUCAAGGCCACUGCUGUUGUUGACUCAGCCUUCAAGGAAAUCAGUCUCUCGGACUACAAGGGAAAAUAUCUAGUACUAUUUUUCUACCCCCUUGACUUCACCUUCGUUUGCCCUACUGAGAUUAUUGCAUUCAGCGAUAGAAUUCAGGACUUUAAGGCUCUGAAUGCUGAAGUAGUUGGUGUUUCCACAGACUCACACUUUAGUCAUCUUGCCUGGAUCAACACUUCCCGAAAGGAAGGAGGUUUGGGCGGUUUGAACUAUCCAUUGCUAGCCGAUUUCCACAAAACAAUCUCUCGUGAUUAUGGUGUCUUGAUUGAGAAAGCUGGCAUUGCUCUUCGAGGACUCUUUAUCAUCGACCCUACGGGUGUUGUCCGUCAAGUGACGAUCAACGAUUUGCCAGUUGGCCGCUCUGUCGACGAAACUCUGCGAUUAAUUAAAGCUUUUCAAUUCGUCGAGAAACACGGCGAAGUUUGCCCAGCCAAUUGGACUCCUGAAUCACCUACUAUCAAACCCGAUCCCGUUGGCUCAAAAGACUAUUUCAACAAGGUGAACUGAAAGGAAUUUUGUUAGUUAAUUGUUUUUGGUAACAGGAUCUUAGAUACAUUUAUCUGAAAAAAUAUAAUCGAUAACGGGUUAACAAUGGA